CGCUCAUUAACCCAGAUGAGCGCCAUUUUUGAAAAUGUGAUUGAUUUUUUAAUCAGAUGAAAUGAAUAGAAAGUCAAGAUCAAUCACAAGGCGGUCUUCUAUCUUGAAGAUAGAUGUAAAUAGGGAUGAUGACACUGGUAUUGUUGGUGGGAGGAACAGAAGGUCAUCAAGAAGGGUCAGCUUUGCUGAAAUGUGUCAGAUAAAGGAGUUCCAGAGAGAUUCUCCAAAAGUGUUUAAAGAUGUUCAUACAGAUGAUGAUGAUGAUGGCAGUCACACAGGCAGCUCAUCAAAUAACCAUGGAAUAACAGGUCUGGACAAACUACUUACAGGAGCCAUACAAACUCCAUAUCAGGAUGUUGCUGAGUACCCUAUCCCAGAAAUGUCAGCUGAGUCAUUCAAUAUAUUUGACUUCAACAAGACAGUGCUGGACCAUGUUGACAUGGACACAACUGAGGCUAGUGGUGGUAUUGACUCAUUCUUUCCUCAGAUGGAUUUUCAGAACGAACCUUCCAUGGAAUUAAAGUUUGACACAAAAUCUUUCCUUCAGAGCUUACAAGGAAAUUCUUCUGAUAGCUUGAAGACAAUGCAGAUAUAUUCUCCAAAACGUGACAGAUAUAUGCAAGAGCAAACAUCCCCAGAUAAUCAGAUUCUACCCAUACACUUUAACAACAUGGGGCCUGACAAGGAGAACAUGGUUCCCAUGGAGACAUUACAAUCGUUUAGACACUGUGACAAUUCACCUGAAGUGAAAUAUUUCAAAAGUGAAGAACCUCAAGCUUCUGUCGAUUCUAGAAUGUUUCUGCAAAGUCUUUUUGGGGAAAAGUCAAAGAAACUAGAAGAAACCAAGCAUGAUGCGGAGGAAAUGGAAGAGACAGCUUGUAUUGAUGGUAUACUGAAAGAGGUAAAUGAAGGUCAUAUGAAUAAAAGUUCAGGUCCCUUUCCAGUUGUUGAUAAUGUAAACAUAACAAAGUAUUUCAAUGCUGAGGAUAUAACUGUUGGUAUAGAGGAAACAAAAUGUGUUGGCGGUAUUUUAAGUGAAGCUGUUUCAAGCAGUCAGAAUAUUGAGGCUGAUAAAGAAAACUUACCGCACCUGCUUAAUCAAACAGUUCACAUGGAGGAAACCAGACCUAUUGGUGGGAUUCUUAAAGUGGGAUUGGAUACAACACAACAAACAGGGCUAAGAAUGAAGCAGGGUUUUGAUGUUAGCAUAAACUCUGAUGAUAAUGUUACAAGAUGUUUCAAAAUGGAAGAGGAUGCAGAUGAUGGUAUAGAAGAAACAAAAUGUGUUGGUGGCAUCUUGAGUAAAGGUGAUAAAACUAUGGAAGCUGAGAAAAUGAGAACAGGUGAUCAGUUAAAUGCAGCAAAACAAAAGACCUCUGAUUUUAUAAAUCCUUCAGAUGUUACAAUUAAUUUUAAUAUAAAUGACAUUCAAGAUAACAUGGAGGAGACAAAGGCUAUUGGUGGAAUUUUAGAUAGAACAGGUACUAAAACCAGGAAUGAGCAAGUUACUGAAUCUGAUAGUAAAGAAAACAUGAAUACUGUAAACCAAACAGUGACGAUGGAAGAAACUGUUGCUCUUGGACAGAUUUUAGAUACAUCAAGGAAAGAUGACUUAGAUCUAUCCUCGAAGAAGCCCAGUAGAGUAUCAGGUCAGAUGAUGGGUUCAAUCCCUGCCAAUACAGAAAGUAUACUAGAAAAAAAUUGUCAAAGUAUGCAUUCUGAAGAUAAAUUAUCAAAAAUGCAUGAAGAGGAUAUGGAGAUUACAAAAAAUAUUACAGUUUCUAUGGAAGAGACAAAAGCUAUUGGGGGUAUUCUUGAUAAAACUAAAGUAGAAACUAAGCCUGAUACCAUAACAGAUAGUACUGACUUAGAUAGGACUGCUAAUGUUUCUUUUGCAAUGGAAGAAACAAAAGCUGUAGGUGGUCUUCUUGAUAAGACAGCUGUUAAUGAUGCAUUUGAUAAGUUUCCAACUAAUGAUGUUGUUGAUAAAACAAUUGAUUACACUGUAGCCAUGGAAGAAACAAAAGCAGUAGGUGGAAUUCUUGAAAAAUCCAAUAGAAAUGUGCAAAAAAUUAUUGAUAGCAAAGAAAAUGAUAGUUCUAAUAAUACUCUAAACAAAACUGCACCUAUUGAAGAAACUAAGACAGUAGGUGGUAUUUUAAACAAGACAUCAGAUCACACUAUGUAUUUUGAUGAUGUGAAAACUGACUGGAUAUCAAAUGACCUGAAGUCUAGUAACAAUGGUGGAAAGGUGGCAGAUGGAACAAGCAUUGAAAGGGUAAACAAUUCAGCUGCUGUUGAGGAAACUAAAUGUGUAGGUGGAAUUUUAACAAAUGAUAUGGAGAUGAUGAAAGGUAAAUUUGAAAACAUGUAUAAUCAUGCUAAUGAUGAAGCUGCAGGUAAUAAAACGAUAAUAGAACCAGUACAUAUGGAGGAAACUAGAUGUGUUACUAAUGUUGUGGAACAAGUUAUUGAUCAGGUCAGAGAUAAGAAAAAAUCUGAAAGUUUAGUGAAUAAUGAAAAUGGCAUUGAUGUAAAAAGUGAGGAAAAUAGUGCUUUUAAAGAAUUACAGAGUAAUGAAAUUGAAAUUGAUGAUGAAAUAACAUUUAAGAUUUCAAAUAAAAGGAGCUAUGAUGAGUGUCGUGGAGAAUCUUUGGACAAAAAUGAAGAAAAGACUAAAGAUUUUACACAAACCCAAACAAAUUUAACAAAGCUAAAGGAAAUGCUAAUAUUGAGUAAGAGAAAGACAGCGGCACAUCUCAGACAAGGGGAUAUAAGAACCCCUUCCAAAUUUUCUCCAUUAUUUCCAGGGUCAGCCCCUCAAAGCACUUCAAAAGCCUCUUGUAGUAAUCAGUUAGAUUUAAAUGUGACAAGGAGUCCUGUACACAAGAGACAGAGAUUAUCACAAGGUGGACUAGGAGUUGAGGAGACUGAUGAUGAUUUUGGCGGUAAUGAAAAGACGGAGGCUACUGCUGCACUACUAGGAGGCUUUCAAGAUGAUGUCUUCACCACUGGUCUUCCUGACAAUAGCAAAAUGGAUAAUACUGAUAUGCAAGGUAUAGAUGAUGAGUUGAUGCCAGACACCUUGCAUCAUGACGUUCUAAACUCCAGUAAUGACACUCACAGUGAUAAGAAUUCAACAACUCGCAGUGACCCUGUCUCUACGACGACAAACGAGAACAAUGAGACACAGAGUAGUGGUAAUGAUACACGCAGCAGUACAAGUGCCAACUUCUCCAUGAUGUCUAACAAAUCCUUUGCCCUAUCUUUUGUUGUACCAGAAGGUCCAAUGACAUUGGAUUCAUUUUUCAGACUGACAUUCACACUGUCUUCAAAGAUCCAGGGGGCCAGGUGCAGCACAAUAUUUGCUCCUAGAUUAGAUCUGGAUGACUUGACAGAGGUUCUAAAUGCUGAACUUACACUCAACCCUCUGGUCAAAGCAAAGAAAAAAAUGAAAACCUGUUUCACUCAACUAAUAGAGAAGUCUGAGGCAAAUAUGGAAUGGUUGGAGAAAUCACUGGAGGAAACACAGCCAGAAAUCUUCCAGAUUUGUUCCAAAGCUUCUAGUGAUGAGCUUCAUAAGAUAAUUGGUCAGUUACGAUCACUAGUGUCUGCAUGUCACAAUGAGGCUGAUGUUGCUUGGAAACAGAAAUUAAUAGAAAUAUUUAGUGAAGCCUUGGAAGAAAUACAGGUUGAAGGAGUAAGAAGGGCAGAGGAAAUGUUAGAGAAGAACAAAGCAGAUAACCAGACAAUAGAUGAUCUCUUGAUUUCUCUGGAACAUGAUUUAGAAAGUCUUGACGAGAAUGAUAAAUUGCUAGAUGAACUUCAGCUUAAAGAAGAGACGUUACGCAAGGAGAUGGAAAACCUUUCAACAUGUUUGAAAGAGAAAACAGUUGAGGAAAGUGAAUUACUGUCACAAGUAGAAAGUCAGUCCAAGAAAGAAGAAACACAUGAAUUAAGAAAUCAGUUGAAAGAGGAAUUAAUUUCACAUCUUAUAUGUUGUGAAUAUAAUUUGAAUGAGUUAGAAGAAGAUGUGGCAGUAUUUACCUUCUUAGAUGAUAAAGUCGAACUUUAUAUCAACUUUUUGCUUGGCACAGAAGAAAAACAAAUCAGUAAUAUGACAUUGAAGAUAAAUUCGUCAACAAAAGGUUCUGUGUAUCUAGAGGAAAAAGUUGCUUGUGCAUUUAUAUUGAAUGGAAUCAAUAUAGACAGUCUGAGACAGAGGUUCACAACAUUUUCUUCCCUUCCAAAGCUAAUCCACGAGUUAUCUGUUUCAAUCAAUGAGAUAAAAAUGUUCUGCAAGGACCUGGAGGAAGUCAAUGUAUACAAUGUGCUCAAAUUUGAAGAUAAUAGUUUAAGAACAGAGCUGUGGGACAGGAAAACUAUGGAUUUUAUCAAAGUUGGCUUUAAUUUUGACCCAACUCACCCUCUGACAAAUCAUGUAGAAAGUAGAGUCCAUGUCAAAAUUGGAAAACUUGAACCGCAAGUUAUUGAGGAUAAGUUAAGGGAAGUAACUCCAGGACCACGAUAUCUAUCUAGACUUAUAAAAGCUGUAGACUUUAAGCAGUUAAGGAUUGAUUCCUGUACUGAAUCGUGAUGAAAUAUCAAAGUGUGGUUAGCGCUUGUGACUUUAUCCUUACAGUUGAAACUAUGCAUGUUAUAAACCAUAUACAAAAUGACAGACUCUGGAUUAAAACUGUUUUCUUUACCAUUCUUACACUUGGUCGUUCAAAUGUGAAAACCAUGGAAUGUUAACUGGGGUGAAUAUUCAAGGAUGAAAUACUUGUGGAAUUUGAAUGGAAUGGUAAUUCAUGUAUGAAAUACAAAAUGAUAAGAGGAGUACAAGACAUAAUGGAUUUUAUCUGGGAAUUUUGUUCAGACAUAAAAUACCAGGGAAUUAUUCUAAUGUACAUACAAUACUAUAGAUUAAAACUGAAAAUAAACAUUCAGCUAUGAUAUGCCAUAACAUGAAAUAUGAGUUUUAAUAAGAAUAGGUUUUAUAUAAUUUAUUUGUAUAAAUAUGAUAAUGUCUCGUGUGCAAUUUCAGUGGCAGAUAUUGUAUGGAAAACUUUAGUGUGCUAAAAAAUAACAAAUACAAGAUCCUGAAACUACUAUAACUGAAUUAGAAUUAUACAAAGGUCUUAUAGACUAGGUUGAAUUUUGUUAACAAAAUAAUUUAUCUGAAGUUGAACAUACUUUUAUCAAAAUUGUUGAUUUUGGAUGAACUUGUGUAUUGAAUAUAAAAUGUAUUUAUAUAAGUGAAAAUGAAUUAUAUAUGUUUUGAAUUAAACUAUAGACUGUAAUGAGUUACUGUCAGUGUGUUCUUUGUUUCACAAUUAUUUAUUGAUGUAUUCUGUGUAGAAAGUUGGGCAAGUACUGUAAAUUUUCUAUAUUUUACAAUUGUUAAGAUUUUCAAAGUGUGACAAGUGACAAAGAUCUAAAGUAACAACUCAAAAUUUGUUUCUCAAUUCUUGCCUAAGCCUUUAUUAUGGAGACUUGUCUGCCAGUAAUGUCCUUCGCACACUGACUAGACUAUACUGUUGGCAGCUUUUUUUUUGCUAAAAUCUUUUUAAGUUUUGUACCUGAUUAAUUAAUGGAUAUUUUACUUGAAAAUUUUCAAUUAUAUUAUUUAAUCAAUAAAUGUAUGUAACCAAG